ACUCGCUUUUCAGACACAGUUCCGCGCUAUUCGUUUUAUUUUUUCUCUUUAUUUUUUUUUUAAUAAUAAAAUAAAAUAAAAUUACUAUUAUCAACAACAUCAAUCAAUCAGUGUGUCAGAGUCAGAUUCCGAGUUCAGAAUUUUGAAACGGGAUCGACGCAAAUUCAAUUCGUGGACUUCGUUCUCCAAUUCUUCGUUCUUCUUCUUUUCGUUCAUGAUACUCACACAGUAACAGUACCUUUUCGUACAAAACCCUAAUUCUCGAUGUUGUAGAUGAGGGAGCUGUUACUGUGAGGUGUUAAUUAAUAUGGAAAGUAGUGGGAGAAGAAUCACGGUGAGUCCUAGACCUUGUUGCGGUCGUAGAAUCGUUGCGAAGAAGAAAACUGGUCGUGGUAAAACGGUCGAUGGAUUUGUUAAUAGCGUUAAGAAGCUUCAGAGACGUGAAAUUAGCUCUAAGCGUGAUCGUGCUUUUAGUAUGACUGAUGCGCAAGAGAGAUUUCGCAAUAUUCGUUUGCAGGAAGAAUACGAUACGCAUGAUCCAAAAGGUCCUUCGUCUGUGGUAUUACCAUUUCUGAGAAAAAGAUCAAAGAUUAUUGAGAUCGUGGCAGCACAAGACAUUGUUUUUGCUCUUGCACAAUCUGGUGUUUGUGCAGCAUUUAGCCGAGAAACCAAUCAAAGGAUAUGCUUUUUGAAUGUCAGUCCCGAUGAAGUUAUAAGGAGUCUAUUUUAUAACAAAAAUAAUGACUCGCUUAUCACAGUUUCUGUCUAUGCAUCAGACAGUUACAGUUCCUUGAAAUGCAGAAGCACAAGGAUUGAAUACAUUAGGAGGGGUAAACCGGAUGCUGGCUUUGCUCUUUUUGAAUCUGAGUCUCUGAAGUGGCCAGGUUUCGUAGAGUUUGAUGAUGUAAAUGGGAAGGUUCUCACAUACUCUGCUCAGGAUAGCAUAUACAAGGUAUUUGAUCUGAAAAACUAUACGAUGUUGUACUCCAUUUCUGAUAAAAAUGUCCAGGAGAUUAAGAUCAGUCCGGGGAUCAUGUUGUUGAUUUUUGCCAAACAAACUAGCCAUGUCCCACUUAAAAUCCUUUCAAUAGAAGAUGGCACUGUUUUGAAAUCGUUCAACCAUCUCCUUUAUCGGAAUAAGAAGGUGGAUUUUAUCGAACAGUUCAACGAAAAGCUACUUGUCAAGCAAGAAAAUGAAAACCUUCAAAUCCUUGAUGUGCGGACUUUUGAGCUAACAGAAGUUAGCAGAAGUGAAUUUAUGACACCUUCUGCAUUUAUCUUUCUUUACGAGAACCAAUUAUUCCUGACAUUUCGAAAUCGGACUGUGGCUGUGUGGAACUUCCGUGGAGAGCUUGUAACUUCUUUUGAGGACCACCUAUUGUGGCAUCCUGACUGCAAUACAAACAACAUAUAUAUAACCAGUGACCAGGAUCUUAUCAUAUCCUACUGCAAAGCUGAUUCUGAUGAUUCACUAACCGAAGGAAAUGCGGGUUCCAUCAAUGUCAGCAACAUUUUAUCUGGUAAGUGUCUUGCCAAAAUAAGAGCAAGCAAUAGUUCUCCAAUGGAUGACAAGUGCAGUUGCUGUGACAGUUCUUCAGGCGGAAGUUGUAAUUCAAGAAAGCGAAAGCAUGUCUCCAAAAUGAGAAGCACAGUUGCCGAAGCCUUGGAAGACAUUACUGCUCUCUUCUACGAUGAAGAUCGCAAUGAAAUCUAUACGGGCAAUAGACACGGUCUAGUUCAUGUCUGGUCUAACUGAUGUAUUUUGUUAACUUCAAUGUUGCCUUGUGUUUCUUUAUUGGUUUUCUUCAUCGGUAAGUUGAUCAUCUUGAUCUGUUGUAAGAACAUUUGCGAGCUGUAACACCAUUAAGUGUUUGUAUCAUUCACUUUUUUUUUCCUUGUCAUGUGAGAGUUUAUUCUAUAGUUGGUAACAUCAAAAUCUAUAUGAAGUGCAAUGCUGGUAAAUCACCACAUUUUGCUUGUGUUGUAAUCUAUCGUGAAAUUAAUGGAAUGGCUUGGAUGGACCAAAA